AUGGUCCGGAAUCAUGCUAAUAUGUGUAUGGGUUACAGGCGAUUUUCCAAGCGCACGGACAACGCGGCAAGGCACGGUUUGGAAAUUGUACCCGCACCCGUUGAUCGCCCUCACAAGGUCCGAAUUAUCCAAGUAGAUGCGGAGAAUGGACAGUCGCGAGACAAGAAGCGCAGCAAAGAAGAUAUUGAUGUCACAUUCUUCAUUCAUGUGAAUGACUUCAAGCGUGGUCGGGCCAGCAUUGAGAUUACCAUGAAAGCCGUCUUUGUCAUCGAAGAUAGAGAGGACUGGUCAGGCGACGAAGAUAAAGAAGCGGCUCUUGAAAAGGGCUAUCGGCGAGGAGAAAAGCGAGCAGAGGAAUGA